ACGUCAUGCCAGCAAAACUUGGACAACAAGAAAUCUUGCCGUUGAAGAACGAUGUGGGCGCUCUUGCCAACAGAAUCAAUACUGAAACUCGAGGAUUACAUGAUAAAAUCGACAAACAGGUUACCUUGAAAUUGGCCAUUGCCUACCGAGACCCCAAGAUUUACAGGCAAGGAUUACAACUGUUUUAUCAUGUUUUCCAGUCUAUUGAAAGAUCCAUAAACAGAGAGCUUGCUAAGAGCAAUGACGACGACAUGACACGCUUAUUAAGGUCAGUGUGGAAGCCAGUGAUGGCCAGAACUGAAAAUGCUGAGAAGGACUUACUCUUCUACUAUGACAACACUAGAGAAAAAUUUGAAACUCCCAUUAUGCCCGAACAAAUCAAGUUUUCCAACCACAUCGAGCAAGCCACCAAACAAAAGCCAUACUUGUUAUUGGCAUACAUGCACGUUAUGUACUUGGCGUUAUUUGCUGGGGGUAGAAUUAUGAGGUCGUCAAUUUCUAAGGCCACCGGGCUUUUUCCUCACGUGCCGGGACACAGUUACGAUGAAAUCGUCAAAAUGGGCACAAAUUUUUACACAUUCAACGUGGAAGAUGAGGACUUCUUGAGGAUUAUUUUCAAGAGAGACUAUGAGCUUUUCACCAGAAACACCUUGACAGAAGAACAAAAGCAGGAUAUUGUGGAAGAAGCCAAGUACAUUUUUGCCCAAAACAGUGUGUGUGUUUCUGAAUUAGAAAAGCACAACUUGACAAAAAUUCAACAGAAGUGGUCAUAUAUUGCCAUCACCAAGGGUUAUUAUGUACUUAUGGGGGUGUUGUGUUUGACGGUGUUGUAUUACGUGAGACGUAUCUUAUUGCACAUAGUGUUUUAAAUAAAUGAUUGGGAUUGGGUUCUAAAUAAUAUAAUACAAGGCUAAUUUUCGUCGGAGUCACUGGAGUCACCUGACUCGCCUUCUGAUUCUUCGCUACUCUCAUCACUCUGGCUGCCCUCAAACUCAUUGGUCACUCCGGUGGGGUGGUCUUCCACCCAGCUGCUGAUCCACUGGGAAAUUCUAUCCACAUUAUCUAAUUUCUCCUCCUCCAAGUUCGACGUCAACACAACCACUAUUUCGGGGUUGUACGACUCUUGUGCUUCCUGAAGAAUCACUUCCAUGAUCUCCGCAUCCAAGUUUUCUUGAAUCUUAUUAUCUUUAUAGCCUCUGGCAACCAUUCUAUCGUACAAAUGGGAAUUGUCAGUUCUCAAUACCACCACCAAGUCAACCAACCGCUCGGGAAAUAUGUCACACACGUGCCAGUCAAUUAUCACCGCUCCACUCUCCAACUCGGGCUCCAACGAAUCUAAUAGCUCAUCCUCCUUCACCACUGAAGUGUCGAGGGUCUCAUCAUAACUUUCAAUCAAACCACGCAGUUUGGCCAAAUCGCUGAUAGAGUAGUGUUUGUAGGGCUUACCAAGACGCGUCUGGAGUGCCUCGGCAUGCGAGGUCUUGCCACAUCCUGGCGUACCAGUGAUUAUUAUGUUGGGGAGCUGCCUGCGAGACAUGAGGAUUUGAUUUUUUGCGAUGAGCGAGGCUGCUAAAUGUGUACUAAAUAGGUGUAGAAACCGGUAACUGUAUGGACCAGGUGUGUGUUGUCAAAUUGGUUCUGGUGAGUACUAGCUGUGGUAUUAUGCCAUCUGUGGAGAGUAUGAGUUCCUCUAUUUGAGGUUCCUUCGCACACACAUCCCAGUUCCCUCCACUAUCACCGUCACUGGCCCAAGUGCGAAACAC